UAGAACAAUUUGGAUGAUAACAGUUCAUUCUCGAUCUGGCGGCUGAUUCGGGUGAUUCGGACUAAUCUGAUUACUCGUGCCCGUCGUCGUCGUUGUCCCGUCGCUGCUGGUGCUGUUCUGCGUGGUGCUCUGACUCUGACUGUACCAUUCUGCUGCAGGAAGGAUUAGGAAGGAUUCUCACAGUUUCAAAGUUUCCCCGCCAUCGGUGUUGCUAAAACGAAAGAAAAGGUCCGACCGUGGGCCGAACCGUGGUGAGCCCCCGAAACCAGUUAAUGUGGACGCAGGUGCCGGUGGUGCCAAAGUUUGGCGGCCGAAAGUGGCCACCCGUGUCAAUUGGAUUAUCCGUCAUAUUUAAGCCGCCGGCGCAUUAGAUCUCGCGAGAGUCCAUUGCGAGUGAUUUAUUCCGAUGUUGUGGUUGGUGCGUGUGCUGCUGCGAAAACUAGGCGUGCGGUUCCGGUACGUGGCGGCCUGUCGCGCUGGGGUCAUCCGUUUGCGUCCAACUUUCACGUGAGGCAGCGACGCCGUCAACGAAACACAAUCGGUGCAUACAAUCUACCACCUCAGCGUCCACAGCUUUGCGAAAAACUUGUCCACAGUUUGCCGGAAGGCUCAGUGUCGGAGGGAAAUAAUUACUGUUUCCCACACACUUCUCGCUCCUCCAGAGCGCCAUCGAGACACGGUGCGGCAAUGAGUUGACGAUCGCCGCACGCCAAUCCGCCCAUUAAAAGACGAAUUCUCGGCAUCGCUCGUGUUGUUGCUGCCCGGUGGUGGUGAUCCGCGAGCCCGGAUCGCUCACAUGCGGAAGAGCCAGGUUCGUGUCGCGUGGCUUCGCAAAAGUGAAUGGUGGUGCGUCGGGACAGAGGCGACACGAGCCCCGUGAGACCGGCGUGGCGUGUGUGGACAGGCCCACCCUAGAGAAAAGCCCAACGUGUAUCCGUGUGUGAAUCGAGAAAGUCCAGCACCCGGCGGACGGCAGCAACAUCAUGCGAGGCAGUAUCGCCGGGAUCGAAGAUGGUUUCGUCGGUAGAAAGGUGGCCAGUGGUGCGGCAGCCGGUCCGGCCGAGAUUGCUGCCGGCGGGGAGACCGGUAGCUACCACGAGCAUCUCCUGCAGCUGCUCGACUACCUGUACGCCUCGCUGAUUGUGGCCCCGCUCGUGGUGGGCUACUGGCGAGGUACGUGGAACCUGAUGGGCGACUACAUCUACCCAUCGGACCUGACCACGAGCCUGAUCGUGUCACUCGCCAUCGGCGUCGCGGGCCACAUCAUGUUUAACCUGUGCCAGGCCACGCUCCGGCGGCACCUGAACGCCGACAAACACCGGAUAGCGUUCUACGUUGGGUCGCGGGUCUACACCGCCGUCUACGGGCUGGUGUGCGUGAAUGCGUGGCGCGGUGGCUGGCAGCUGAUCGACCUGUACACCACGCACAACGUCCUGUACGUGGCACUGAUCACGCUCGGCUGUCUGUUUCUGUUGGCGUGCCUAAAAGGAUCGCGAAACGUCAUGGGCCCACCGUUCGUGAUCGUGAACGACGCGCAACAGGAGUACUUUGAUGUUCCGACCUACUUCAAGCUAACGGGCUCCAAGGAUCCCGGCCUGUACGUGCUCGACUGCAUGUUUUCCGUGCUGGUAAUCGGAUCCCUGGUGGUGUUCGUCUGGCGCGGUCUCUGGGUCCUGCUGGACCUGAAACUAUUCCCGGAGGAUCACGGCGCAUCGGCGUGGGCUUCGGUGAUCAUCGGAUACGGUGUGACCGGGGUGACCUUCUCGCUGCAACCGCUGAUGCGGUGGACCUGCGAUCGGCUGACCGGCUUCUGGCGCGUGGUGGUCGCUGAUCUAUUCCUGUUCUUCAGCUUUAUCGGCACGAUCAACGUAUGGCGGGGUGUUUGGCAAGCCCUCGACACCUACUUCCUGCCUGAUCAACGGUUACUGAGCAACUGGAUCACGCACGCCGUAUCGCUGGUUCUGCUGAUUCUGCUGAACUGCUCCAACUCGGUGCUGGUGCGAGGUGUAUACAUCGACGCCGAGGAACCCGCCGGCCAGUGCGUCGUGUUUCCGGUCUACUACAUUCGGUUGUUCUUCCAAAAGGAGCGCAACAAAAAGCAGCGCCGUCUGCUCGAGACGCUCGAACGGGCCGACCUCAACAGCACCGGCGGAGUGUUGCAGGAAAAGAAACCGCACCAACCUUCACCACCGCCGGUUGCCCAGCAUCAGCAGCAACCGAAUCCCCAUCACCACCAUCCGCACCAUGCUGCCGAUCAGAAUCACCAGGUGAUCCGCAACCUGGAAGCCGUGCCGCUGACGAUCAUCGACGAUCCGAAGAACAACGGCAGCGAUCACAGCAGUCACCCGCCGAGCAAGUAGCCACCGGAAGAGACAGGCUCUGGCCUGGCUGCCCUGAAUGCACUGAGACCAAUAGCUGGCCUAUUGCCGCAGAAAGCACCACAUUCCCCGUAGUGUAGUUUUGUUCUUAAAGAAACGAGCCGGGACCACGGCCCUCUUCGAAACCUUCGAAGCGUGCGAAGGCGAAUAAAAAGUCAAACCCGCUGCGAAACCCAUCAGUAUACCAGCAUAAAGCUAGAGCGUAGUCGUGCCAACUGACCGUUAGGUGUAUUAAUUAUCGGUGUAAUUUCGUAGCGUGUUAAGAAGCAUACUCCCUACGUCGAAACCCUACUGUAGUAUAUAUAAAUAUACGUAUAUGUAGUUACGCGCGAGACGCUAGAUCUUUUAGAGAAUAAGCGAAUCAACUAGACCACGUGGAAACGAACCCCGCUAAAAGCAGCUAAUCCAG